AUGAUCUGCUGGAACGCGCGAGGACUCAAUAAAACUGCUAGAUGCUUGGAGGUUGGAGUCCACCUCAAGAAAAUGCAGGUUAGCUGUCUAGCUUUACUUGAAACUAGAGUCAAGGCUAGUAAUAGUGAAUCUAUUAGGAAGAGACUGUGGCUGAAUUGGGAUUUCAGUGAUAACUGUGAUCAUCAUGUGAAUGGGAGGAUCUGGUUAGCAUGGGAUCCUCAUAUGUGGAGUAUUAUCCCUAGUGAGAAAACUGAUCAGUUAAUACAUAGUGCUGUUUAUACCAAGGAUGGUGUUCUAUCUCAUCACCUCACCACUGUGUAUGCACACAAUCAACUAAAUAAUAGAAGGAUUUUAUGGCAAGACCUCAAUAGAAUAAGUGCUCACCUGCAGGGCCCUUGGAUGGUUGUAGGAGAUUUUAACAACAUCCUGAAAGUAGGUGAUAGAAUUGGUGGCAAUGAGAUACACUUGGCUGAGUACAUUGACAUGGAGGAUAUGAUGGCUACUAGCAAUCUCUCAGAACAUGAAACUAUAGGAGCUUGGUUUACUUGGUCAAAUAAACAGGUUGCUAAUCCUAUUAGUUCUAGAAUUGAUAGGGCUCUUGUGAAUGCUGAAUGGCAUAGAAGGUUCCCUAAUAGUAGUGUUGAAGUGCUCAACCCCAAUAUAUCUGACCAUACCCCUCUGAGAAUUAAGUUGGAUAGCAUUCAGACUGUGAAGAAAAUCAAACAUAGAUUUAAAUUCCUAAACUGUAUAGCUGACCAUGUUGAUUUUAUUCAAGUUUUAAGGGCAAACUGGGUGCAUCUUGAUAGAGGUAACCCAAUGGAACAGUUUUGGAAGAACCUCUACAAGUUACAGUAUAGCAUGAAAGGUUUGACUUGGCAAAUGACUGAGGGGCUCAGGAAUCUGAAAAUGAGUAGAGAGAAGCUGGAUCAAGCCCAAACUUUACUAGCCUCUGAUCAGAUGAAUAAAGCCCUGUGCCAAACUGUUAAGUACUGGAUUGAUGAAGUGAUGAAAAGUUCUGAACUAGAAGAAAAGAUUCUGCAUCAGAAACUCAAAUGUGAUUGGAUUAAUCCGGGGAAUGAAAAUAAUGCUUAUUUCUAUGCAAAUCUUAAAUCCAAGAAUAAACAAGUCCAGAUCCAGGAAUUAGAAGACUCACAUAGUAAUAGGCUGACUGACCAGAAAGAUAUUGAGAGGGAGGUAAUUUCUUUCUACUCAAAGCUUAUUGGCCAAUCUGCUGCAUAA